AUGUUACUUCGACUCCCAAGCAUCAAUCAUAUAGUCUCAGGAAACCACAAUAUUGGCUACGAAAUCCACCCUCAGACUAGAGACGGAGGUCCUCAUGAAGUUACUGAUACAAAUUUUAUUUUCAAAAGUUUUGAACAGUUUCAACAAACCAACUUUACCACUGUUGAAUCAUCUUCGGUGACUUCUGCAGCUAUUUAUGACACCACUGAAGUUGGUAAUUCAUCAGUAUCACCAACCAUGCAACCACUUCUACCUUCCCUACCAUCAACCAUCCAGACUAGCUUGACGUGCGUUUACAUUUCAAUGUUUUCCUUAAUUUUUCUGCUGGUUUACGUGCAGCUGUGGAUGAUCUGGUAUUACAGGCACAGACGUCUAAGUCACCAAACGUUUUUCCUCUUCUUGUGCCUAAUUUGGGCAGGAUUGCGGACAACCUUAUUUUCAUUUUACAUCAGAGAUAGCGAGGCUGUAAAUCAUUUGGGCAUAGGUGUGUACUGGCUGCUGAACAGUUUGCCAGUGUGUCUGCAGUUCUGCAUGCUGUGUUUGCUUCUUCAUUUUAUUUUACAGGUUGUGUUAAGAGCUAGAGCAAGUUUUGAGCCAAGACAGUGCAUGCAUUCUUUGCACAUAUUUAUUGGGGCAUCAGUUCUGCUGUACACUACAGUGAGUUUUGCCUCUGCUGUUUUGACUAAACAGUACAAGUUUGCACACUCUGCUGUGCCUAUUUACCUGGGUUUUAUCCGCGUCAUCAUGUCAGAAGUCAUGUUUUUUAUCUAUGGAGUUUUAUUAUCGAUUUCAAUCUUCAAGAUGGCAAAGGUGGCAUCAACUCAACGAGUGCUAGAAGCAAAGGGAACAACUAUUCGUAAGGCACUUUUGGCAGCCAUCCUGAUAACACUUCUUUUCCUUACUCGUGCUGUGUAUAACCUGAUUUCAAUGUGCCCUCCUUUGAAAGGAACGCCAAACUUUAGUUUUGACUGGGUGAAUAUCAGUGAUAAGGCUGACGUUGUUGUCAGGUUGCCAGAAAGCAUAGGCUAUGUGUCAUUUGGUGUGGUGCUGUUCGUGUGGGAGGUCCUACCCAUUUCUGUUGUUGUGCUUUUCUUUCGAGUGAAGCGACUUAGUACAGGCCAGUUAUUAACAAAUUUCUCCACACAAAUCAGUGGGCCACGGGUGUUUUUCUUUGAUAAUCCUCGACGUUAUGACAGCGAUGAUGAUCUGAUCUCCCCGCCUAGUUCCAGCAACAUGGAUACCACAGGUUCACAUUCCUACAGUAGUGACAGUUUCCUUGCCCAGAGCGCUGGACGAACACCAGUCAACAGCUCUUUAAGGACUAUCAUGGGUGCUUCCCCUUUAUUGAAGAGCUAUCCCAGAGCAACCUUAAGCUUACCAGGCACCAGUCCACUUCUGGGUUUCAAAAGAGGCAGCAGUUAUGGCGCAGUGGCUGGAGAAGGGUAUAUUCACACAGGGUCAAGAUCUGCUUAUGGCGCUAACAGCAAGUGA